CUUUCUUAAUUCAAUCACCCUACCAUUCAAGAAAAGAACUCUUCGCAAGAUAUACUUGUGUCUUCUCCUUGCAAGAUACUAUUUAUGGGUUGAAUCCAUCCCAUGACUUCGCCGUCAGAAGAUCGUAUAAUUGUUUCAAGCUCUCCAAUCUUCUCUUAGCCACGUUCUUGCAAUAGACGGUAUUCGUUUUUAACUUUCAUUUUCCAACAAGAUCUGUUGAAAUGGAAGGACUUGUCCGAGGAAUAAGAUCUUGCCAGGAAACCCUCAGAGUUGCAAUUCUAAAGCAUCCCCGUGAUAGAAGAAACAUAUUUUCACGUUUUGGACGCGUUACAUCCUCUCUUCCAGUGCGAGAGAAAGGACUAGAGAAUCUAACAGUGGCAGAUGCACUGAUGACAAAGGGAGAAGACAAAAUUGGCUCCUGGCUCUGGUGCCGCACCACCGAUUCUGUCUAUGAUGCUGUGGAGAAUAUGGCAAAGAAUAAUAUUGGGUCAUUGGUGGUCCUAAAGCCAGGAGAACAAGAACUUAUUGCAGGAAUUAUCACAGAGAGAGACUAUAUGAAGAAGAUAAUAGCACAAGGGAGAUCAUCUAAAUACACAAGAGUUGGGGAAAUUAUGACUGAUGAGAACAAAUUAGUAUCAGUGACAUCUGACACCAGCAUGCUACAAGCAAUGCAGCUGAUGACAGAUCAUCAUAUUCGGCAUGUUCCGGUCAUAGAUGGAAAGAUAGUUGGGAUGGUUUCCAUUGUAGAUGUGGUUCGAGCUGUGGUAGAACAGCAAGGUGGAGAAUUGAAGCGGCUGAAUGAGUUCAUUAAAGGAGAAUACUAUUAGAAUCUAACAAUAUCAAUGUAUGAAAGCUUCCUGCUUGUAAGGAUAAUGUCUUCAGAAUCUAUUUGGAUCAAGGUUUUUCUUUAAAUUCCACAAAAGAGAAAAAACUUGGCUCCA